CUCAUCAUAGUCUUAGACAAUGCAGCCGAUGGAAGAUUAAUAAUACACAUGGCUUCUAUUAUAAUACAACAUCAUUAACCAGACGGAGCGAACAGUAUAUACAGAUUCAGCGAAGCCAAGGGAUGCACAAACAACAGAUUACUGAGAAAUGUGGUGAACACUUCGCGAUGAUGGUGGUGAGGAAAGUCGGCAGUAUUUACUUAAGAAUCAUCAAUAACUAGUCCUCUUUACGAUCAGAAAUACGGUUCGCAAUGUAACAAAGUGUGGAGGCGUGACAAGAACUGUUUACUGUAAAAAGUUCUUUGUAUUUGUACUUUUAGCUUCCUUAUAUAUACAACUUGUGAAGUUAUCUUUCUGUAUCGGAUAUUAUUCUCUCUUUAGCAGUAGUAAUGAUGCAUCAAUAAACUUUUGCCCAAAACCUGAUAUUUGUGCAAUCCAACGGACCCUCAGAAUUUGAAAUACGGAAUAAUCGCCUCUUGCCAGGUCGUUCAAGGUCGAUAAAACGAAACGGCGGACGGCUUGGAAGGGCUCUAGCUUUGUUACCUUGCCAAGUGAGCUUGAUUAGUUGAGUAAUGACAGUUUCGUCGAUAGUAGAGCAUAAUCACUACAUAUGUAGUCGAUUUCAAGUCACGCCUAAUUCAUUCAGCUUUAAUCGUCAAUAUACGCAAAUCUAUUUGGCACGUCUGACUGCAGCCAAGCCAGUGUUGAAAACGUUGGCUGAACAGAGAUGGUCAACUUCAUCUACAAAGUCCGAGGUUUCGUAUAUCCCCGUUCGAACAUUAGCUGACCUGAAUGGAGAUGAAAAAUGCAUAAUAAUCGGCACACUUUUCAAGGUACAAGUUUGCUUUCGAAAAUUCCCACUAUCACUUAUUGUACUUUAGAAGCGUAGAUCUUUCAUUAUCAUUCCUCUCAAUGUUAUUUUUAUGCAAAGUAUUCAUUGCUUAUUUCCGUCAGUAAUCUGUGGAGGAAUCUAAUACUGACCGAAGCAGUAAUCAAGUACAGGUUUAUAAACUUAACCUUGAGACACAAUAUGACGACUUACGAUUCUGCUUGGGUACUAAGUCAAAGUAUUUUGUGGAAUUCGAAUGUACAACCCCGAUGGUUGAAGGAGGGAGAUGUGGACUGAAAGUUUUCUCUGUUUAUCCAGUCCGUGACUAGCUAGAAUCGUCCACAAUGGCGCAGGAAAUGCGUUUAAAACCUAGUGUACUACAUGAUAUUGCAGCGGUAGAAAUUGAAAAUAUUGAAUCAGAUAUUCGCAUUUCUUCAACUGAUACUCAAUCUUUGGUUCAUCUCACAUCAGACGAUGAUGUACUUUUUCUUGAAGACGAAGUACAACGUAUUGCUUUGAGUUUUUGUAGUCAGAUUCCAAAACUCUGGUCUCCAGCUAAUCUGGUUACAGGAGUUGUAGUUGCAGCUUUUGGUUACGAGCCUGAAUCUCAACCUGGUUCUUUCUGCGUUGAAGACAUGCUGUUCUUAGAACCUCAACCUGAAAAACCUAUUUAUGUUCAAGAAAUUUCCCAUAUUGACGUUAAUACAACAGAUUUUCGCAACUCUGGACCUUGGGUUGGUGUUGUUAGUGCCUUAGGUUUUGCAGGUAGUGGCCAAGUAAAACCGGGACAUUCAAUAGCUCUUCAACUUCUUGCCGAUUGGAUACGUUGUGCUGGAGACUUCUAUGGUUCAUCAGAGUCACACACUGAUUCUGGUUUGAUACAUCUUCUGAUUUUAGGUGAUUCAAUUCAAGCAUCAAAAUCAAGUAUAGAUAAUGAUAGUGAUAAGUGUACCCCAGCUGUACGUCUUACACAGCGUGCUCGCUACUUAACUCGUAAUGCCGAUGCAGAAACUGUGACCGCUAUGGCUCGUUUUGAUCAGUGGUUAGCCAGUCUUCCUAUAGGAUCAGGUUGUAAAGAUAAUGGCACAGAUUUUAAUGGUAUAUCGAUAGAUUUGUUGCCGGGACCAUCUGAUCCUACUUCAGUCCUCAUGCCACAACAACCGAUUCAUUCAGCCGCCUUACCCUGUGCUGUUUCUCGUUCUGGUGGUGUUGGAAGUGGAAACUUAUGUGGUCGAACAAAUCCUUAUAGUUUUAUGUUGAGAAAUCGAAGUAUUCUGGCUACUUCUGGUCAGGGUGUAAAUGAGUUAUACAGAUAUACGAAAUUAGAGAAUGCUUGUGACAGGAUGGAAGCUACUUUACUGUGGGGUCACUUAGCACCUACUUGUCCUGAUACACUGGGAGGAUAUCCGAUGAUCAACGUCGAUCCACUUCUUCUCCGUUCAUCUUCCACUUCAUCUGCCCAAAACUUUAGUCCUGACUAUCCUGACAUCUAUGUAGCUGGUUGUCAGUCUGAAGAUCAACCAUCUUGGAGACGUGCUCGAUUAAAGUGGAAUGAAGAGAUAGAUAAAAAUAACUGUGGCUGCUUAUUGGUAUCCGUACCACGUUUUGAUUUGACUUUCUCUCUCGUACUUAUCAACUUAAAAUCACUUGAUUGUCGUGUAGUUCGUUUUGAUUCAAGUUUGUUAGAUGAAGAAAAUUAUUGAUAAGAGUAUAAAUAUGUCGUCUUGCUUUUGUAUGAUUGUUAGCAUUUUUUAAGUAACCUAUAUGUGCUACUAACUCAAUAUUAGAGUAUUUCACGAUGUUCAUUCCUUUCGAUCGCCUGCAGAAAUUUCGAUGUUUGUAGGUAUCAUUACCAAGUUUUG